UCUUUUUUUAUAUGGAAUGUAAUAGAUGCUGUCUGUUGUUUCAGUGGUGAAGAAGGCGAGAAAUGUCUCACAGGAAGUUUGAGCACCCAAGGCAUGGGUCUCUCGGUUUCCUCCCGAGGAAGAGGGCUGCUCGUCACCGGGGAAAAGUUAAGGCUUUCCCGAAGGAUGAUCCAACCAAGCCCUGCAAGCUGACUGCUUUCUUGGGUUACAAGGCUGGCAUGACCCACAUUGUCAGAGAAGUCGAGAAACCUGGAUCGAAGCUUCACAAGAAGGAAACAUGCGAAGCCGUUACAGUAAUUGAAACACCACCAAUGGUCAUUGUUGGCGUGGUUGGGUAUGUGAAGACCCCUCGUGGCCUUCGGUGCUUGAACACUGUCUGGGCUCAACAUCUGAGUGAGGAGGUGAAGAGGAGGUUCUACAAAAACUGGUGCAAGUCAAAGAAGAAAGCCUUCACCAAAUACUCAGCAAGAUUGGAGACUGAUGAGGGGAAGAAAGAUAUCCAGGCACAGCUGGAUAAACUGAAGAAAUAUGCAUCUGUCGUUCGUGUGUUGGCGCACACUCAGAUACGGAAGAUGAAGGGUCUGAAGCAGAAGAAGGCUCACCUGAUGGAGAUUCAAGUGAAUGGCGGAACUAUUGCUCAGAAGGUUGACUUUGCGUACGGGUUCUUUGAGAAACAGGUCCCCAUUGAUGCUGUGUUCCAGAAAGAUGAGAUGAUUGACAUAAUUGGUGUAACAAAGGGUAAGGGUUAUGAGGGUGUUGUAACUCGUUGGGGCGUGACUCGUCUUCCUCGUAAGACUCACAGGGGUCUUCGUAAGGUUGCUUGUAUUGGUGCUUGGCAUCCGGCUAGAGUUUCCUUCACCGUUGCUAGGGCUGGUCAGAAUGGGUACCAUCACAGAACUGAAGUGAACAAGAAGAUUUACAGGCUUGGCAAGGCUGGGAAAGAGGAACAUACUGCCAGUACGGAGUUUGAUAGGACUGAAAAGGAUAUCACACCUAUGGGUGGAUUUCCUCACUAUGGUGUUGUGAAGGAUGAUUACAUCAUGAUAAAGGGCUGCUGUGUGGGACCUAAGAAAAGAGUUGUUACGCUUAGGCAAACUCUACUGAACCAGACUUCACGUGUUGCCCUUGAGGAAAUUAAGCUCAAGUUCAUCGACACUUCUUCCAAGUUUGGACAUGGGCGGUUCCAGACAACCGAGGAGAAGCAAAAGUUCUAUGGUCGGGUCAAGGCCUAAUGGUUGCUGUCUUAAAGAGCAAUUUGGUAGGUUUUAUCAUUUAUGAUUUGUUUCUUUCUUUCUUUUUGCAGUCAUUCAAGACAAAGUUUCAGUUCUGGUUUUUGUAAGACACGGCAAAAUUUAUGUUCUGGUUUUUGUGUCUUGAAUGGAUCUGAACUUUAUAUAUGGUGCCUUUAUUUUCAUAUUUUUUAUGGCACGCAGUAUUUAAAUCCUACAAAUGCUCGUGCAGUGAUUACGCCGUCUUGUUUUUUUAGUUUAGGCACAUCAAAGAUUUUAUGCAUGAUGGGCAAAUAAGUUAUAAAUAACAGGCUUUGAUUAUUCUUUAUUUAGAUUUUCAUAUUGGGAAAGACCU